AUGAUUCCAACUUUUAAUUUAAAGGACUGUGGUUUUAAGAGUGAAAUUAAAUUUACGAGUUUUGAUGUUUAUUAUUCGGAUUGGGAAAAUUCUAUCAAUUUCUAUGUUCAAGGAGUAAACUCCAUUAAUAUUAAUCAAACCAAACCUAUACAAUUCAAUUCCAAGCUUCAUUACAAUAUUACGUCGAGAAAAUCUGAUAUUGACCGAUCAUGUUUAAAAAGUAAACUAAACUCCAACUUCGGCUCGAGGUGCCAAAUCGAAGAAGAUGAAUCAACUGUUACGAUCUUAACCGAACUAACUGGAACUUUGGAUAGUGUCGAGCAGGUAGAGUUAUCCGUAAAGGUGGGAGGUGAUGAAAUAGGUUGUGUAACUGCCUCUCUUGAAAGUAAUGAUAAUGAAAAUAAUGAAAAUAAUGAAAGCGAAUUUGAUAAAGAGGAUGGUAAAAAAAAAAAAAAACCGAAAGACCCAGAAUCCCCAAAACCCCCCUCAAACCAUUCGACAUCCUCGGAAAAGAAAGGCGGGUCUAAAGGUAGUUUGAAAUACGUCUUUGGAGGAAUUGGUGCAGCUGCUAUUUUAUCCAUGGUAGCAUUAAGAAAAAAAAUCAAGAAAUUUUUGGGCUGUCAUAAAGAAAAUACAGAAAACAAUAGAAUAGUAGUUUAA